GCGAAGAGCUGCAACAGUGCGCGCAAAUGGGACUACGAGCCAAUGUCCAUCACCACCCACUCCUCGGACGAGAGCAAGCUUAAGAUCGAAGCCAAAAUCGAUCGGGUCAAUCGCGGCGAGUUCGCCAUUUCGGCCACAAUCGAUUUCCGCUACCUUCUCGAUGAUACCGUCAUGGUGGAGGCGACCGCCUAUCGCAGUUCCUCGGGACAGGAGAGUGACUACAAGUUGGUCCCUUUCGCCAUUCCUAAGCAGCCCUACGAGGAUUUCCUAAACACCCACUACAAGGACAUGGUGAUCGAGAAUCUGGGCAGCUGCUCGAACCUGCCCCAGUUCGAGGACAAGUUCGUGCCCCCGUGGCCGCAGAAGAUCUACAACUUGGACAAGUGCGUGGCCGACAACGACGGUUUCCCCGAAGUUCUACCUCUGGGCUUCUAUAAAAUAAUCCUCACCUUCACGGGACCCGUUGAGUGGGGAAUGAUACUUAUUGUGAAAGUGACAAGCAAACUGAUGUGAACCCGAAUGGACAAAUCUCUUUUACCAAGAGAAAUUUACCGUUUAGAAAUUUUAUAUCGCUAUACAGAAUAUUAAUAAAAUAG